AUGGGGAGGAACAUCACAUUUUUGUUUUUAGGGUUUUUGGCAACAUGGGUCAUAGCAACUGCAGAUCAUAUCAAAUACAAAGAUCCUAAAGAACCGUUAAAUAUUCGAUUAAAAGAUUUAAUGGACAGAAUGACUUUAGAAGAAAAAAUCGGCCAGAUGGUGCAAAUCGACAGAUCUGUUGCUUCAACAGAUGUAAUGAAGAACUACUUCAUUGGAAGUGUUUUGAGUGGUGGAGGCAGUGUUCCAGCUAAACAGGCAUCGCCUCAAGUAUGGAUAAACAUGGUGAAUGAAUUUCAGAAUGGUUCAAUGGCUACUCGUCUUGGGAUUCCUAUGGUUUAUGGAAUUGAUGCGGUUCAUGGCAAUAAUAAUAUCUAUAAAGCCACACUUUUUCCUCAUAAUGUUGGGCUUGGAGCUACUAGGGAUCCUGACUUGGUUAAGAGAAUUGGAGCGGCGACUGCUCUGGAGGUUAGAGCGACCGGCAUCCAAUAUGCAUUUGCACCUUGUAUUGCGGUUUGUAGGGAUCCGAGAUGGGGACGAUGUUUCGAGAGUUAUAGCGAAGAUCAUAAAGUGGUUCAAAAAAUGACAUCUAUUAUAUUGGGAUUACAAGGAGAACAACCUUCUACUGUUGGAAAGGGUGUCCCUUAUCUUGGUGGCAGGGACAAAGUGGCUGCAUGUGCGAAACACUUUGUGGGCGAUGGAGGAACGACCAAGGGAAUCAAUGAGAAUAACACGGUGAUCGAUAGGCACGGCUUGCUUCGCAUUCACAUGCCAGGCUAUUACAACUCUAUUAUUAAUGGUGUAUCAACCGUAAUGAUUUCUUAUUCGAGCUGGAACGGGGUAAAGAUGCACGAACACAAAGAACUCAUCAGCGGUUUUCUCAAGAAUACGUUGCGUUUCAGGGGUUUUGUCAUUUCAGAUUGGCAGGGAAUUGAUCGGAUAUCAACUCCAGCUCAUGCAAACUACACAUACUCUAUUUUAGCUGGAGUUGGUGCUGGCAUUGACAUGAUUAUGGUUCCUUUCAACUACACCGAGUUCAUUGACGGAUUAACCACUUUGGUGAAUACAAAUUACAUACCCAUGAGCCGAAUUAACGAUGCGGUUAGAAGAAUUUUACGAGUCAAAUUUGUGAUGGGCUUGUUUGAAGAGCCAUUUGCUGAUACUAGCUUUGUCAAAUAUCUGGGAUGUAAAGAGCAUAGAGAAUUGGCCAGGGAAGCUGUUAGGAAAAGCCUAGUACUUUUGAAGAAUGGUGAAGCUACAGAUGAACCCCUCUUGCCACUCCCAAAGAAGGCAACAAAAAUUCUUGUAGCCGGAACACAUGCACACAAUCUCGGAAAUCAAUGCGGUGGUUGGUCGAUCGAGUGGCAAGGAGUUAGCGGAAACAAUCAAACCGACGGUACAACUAUCUUGACCGCAAUAAAGAACACUGUCGAUAAGGAUACCGAAGUUGUCUACCAAGAGGACGUUUCAGAUAUAAAGUUUGUUGAGAACAACAAUUUCACGUACGCGAUCGUUGUGAUUGGAGAGCCACCCUAUGCCGAGACUCAAGGGGACAGUUUGAAUUUGACGAUCCCCGAACAAGGAUUAAACACAUUACAAAACGUUUGUGGGGCAGUCAAGUGCGUUGUGGUUCUUGUUACGGGUAGACCGGUAGUAAUUGAACCGUUGGUUCAUCAGAUGGAUGCCUUGGUUGCGGCUUGGCUGCCAGGAUCGGAAGGGCAGGGUGUUGCCGAUGUCUUGUUUGGGGACUAUGGAUUUACCGGAAAGCUUCCGAGGACUUGGUUUAGGACGGUUGAGCAACUACCUAUGAAUGUAGGGGAUGAAAAAUAUGAUCCUCUCUACCCAUUUGGAUUUGGUCUCACCACUAAGCCUAUUAAGGCUAAUUAGGAGGGGGUUUUUUGAACUCAUUUUGAGAAACUUUUAUUUUAG